AAAUGCCUGCGUACGCCGUUGCGUGCCCAGAACGUCUGAUGGAUGAGACCAACGGUCCCAGGAAGCAGCUCUGCUUAUUCCUUAUUUUAUAGCGAUAAAGACAGGGAAUAUACGGAAUUUUGAGGUCAGCGGGAACAAAUAAUGGAGUAAAAUAAAGUAAAGAAUUGUGUCAGGUUAGCUUGCCGUCAACGUCAGGAUUUCUGUUAUGAUUUGGCGUUGAUUUCGGUGUUGUUUACUGGGCUGAGAGUUCAUCUUGGAGGGAUAACUGGAGCCUAAUAUUGGGCAGAAAAUACACAUUAUAUUUCUCUUAUAUCGAGGGGUGGCGGCCAGCCGAUAGUUAACUCUGGAGCCGGAAACGGAGGAGGGUGUGGCCAUGACAGGAGAGACUGCAGCUACCCUUCCCAUGAGCAACCACACCCGGGAGAGGGUGACUGUGGCCAAGCUGACCCUGGAGAACUUCUACAGCACCCUGCUCUCCCAGCACGAGGAGCGGGAGAUGAGGCAGAAGAAGCUGGAGAAGGCCAUGGACGAUGAGGGUUUGCCAGAUGAGGAGAAAGUAAUGCGGCGCUCACAGCACGCCCGUAAGGAGACUGAGUUCUUGCGACUGAAGAGGACGAGACUCGGCUUGGAUGACUUUGAGUCUCUCAAAGUUAUCGGGCGGGGAGCUUUUGGAGAGGUCCGUUUGGUGCAGAAAAAAGACACAGGACACAUUUACGCCAUGAAGAUUUUGAGAAAAGCAGACAUGCUGGAAAAAGAACAGGUCGCUCAUAUCCGGGCAGAGCGGGAUAUUCUGGUGGAGGCUGACGGAGCCUGGGUGGUAAAGAUGUUCUACAGCUUCCAGGACAAGAGGAACCUCUACCUCAUCAUGGAGUUCCUUCCUGGAGGCGACAUGAUGACCCUGCUGAUGAAGAAGGACACUCUGUCUGAAGAGGCCACACAGUUCUACAUCGCAGAGACGGUUCUGGCCAUCGACUCCAUCCACCAGCUGGGCUUCAUCCACAGAGACAUCAAACCAGACAACCUGCUGCUGGACUCCAGGGGACACGUGAAGCUGUCAGAUUUUGGCCUGUGUACGGGACUGAAGAAGGCUCAUCGCACUGAAUUCUACAGGAACCUGACGCACAACCCGCCCAGCGAUUUCUCCUUUCAAAAUAUGAACUCCAAGAGGAAAGCAGAAACCUGGAAGAAGAACCGGAGGCAGCUGGCUUAUUCCACCGUGGGAACACCAGACUACAUUGCCCCGGAGGUAUUCCUGCAGACGGGAUACAACAAGCUGUGUGACUGGUGGUCUCUGGGGGUCAUCAUGUACGAAAUGCUCAUCGGUUACCCCCCCUUCUGCUCUGAGACGCCGCAGGAGACGUACAGGAAGGUGAUGAACUGGAAGGAAACGCUCGUCUUCCCGCCUGAAGUCCCCAUCUCAGAGAGGGCCAAAGACUUGAUAUUAAAGUAUUGCACUGAUCCUGAAAACAGGGUUGGAGCUGUGAGUGUGGAGGAGAUCAAAAGUCAUCAGUUCUUUGAGUCGGUGGACUGGGAGCACAUCAGGGAGCGGCCAGCAGCCAUCUCCAUUGAAAUCAAGAGCAUCGACGACACUUCGAACUUUGACGACUUCCCCGAAUCGGACAUCCUUCAGCCGGCUAAUGCAACGGAGCCGGACUUUAAGUCGAAGGAUUGGGUGUUCCUGAACUACACAUACAAGCGCUUCGAGGGUCUGACUCAGCGAGGCACCAUCCCCACAUACAUGAAGGCAGGGAAGGCCUGACAGAGCUGUGGAGCAGGAACAGACGUUUACGGACACAGGGUCGGGCCUCGGAGCCCCGCUGCUGCUGAAGGCUCUCAGCCUCUCAGAAUACAUUUAACCCUCGUCACAACUUAUUUAGGUCUGCUUCAAGAACGACAAGAGCUCGGAAACGAAGGAGCGUUACCGCAUUACCUCGGUUGUUUAUAUAUCGUAUACACACGUGCCGUCUUUAGCCAUAGCUCUCAGGCCAGCUCCAUAACUAGGACUUUAAAAUCAGCUUGCCUGCAUGUACCUGCAGCAUAUUGCUUCUGGAGAGGCGACUUACUUCCAAAAGGGAAUAUUGGGAAUGAGGAUCGAGUACAAAUCAUUUGCACAGUUUCUACACUGGUGUCUAAAUUAGCUCUGAUGCAAACGUAAUGUCUCAUACUGAAGACUCUACUAAAACAGGCCCCCUUCACUUCCUGUCUGUGGAUUUUAAACGAAAGUUGUAGGACGAUUUCUAGAUAUUUGGCUCACUCUGCUUCAUAUUUCAGAGUUACUCAAACUAAAACAGAUAUCAUCUAUUUUUCAAAAGUGUAAAAAAAAGAUUUACUGACUGUCGGAAGCAUCAUGUUUUGGGAGAAAAGCUUCGGAAACCACAGCAUCAUGUGAGACAACUUCUGCUGAUCCUGGUGGUGCUAGUUAGCGAAAUGCUAUCCCAAAUUUAAGGGAUAGAAAAUAUAAACGAAUGAGGGAGUUCAAUUAAAGUUAAAACCCUGCUGGAUCCGUCAUGUUGAUUGAAUCAUAUACAUGCCAAUCUAAGUGCAGAGUGUGUCAGCUGUGUUGUUUUUCAGAUCAGGUCUAACGCUAAUGAUUAUUUCCCCAGAUUGAAUUCUAAUAACUUACCUCUCAGAUGGCAAAACGUGCAAAGUGCCUUUUUAAAAAGCUGAUAAAUAUUUAACCAGAUGUCUUGCAAUGUUAUCAUAGAUGAAUCAGAAGGUAUGAACUAGUAUUAUAAACUAUAAUUAAGCUAUUAAAAGGGGAGGAACAUUUGAAAAAGGGCCUGCAUAGAAAGAAUUGUAUUGGUUAUAUGAGUAAGCAAGGGGCUCAUAAAAACAGUGCACCUCUGAGAAACUAAAUUAGAAUAUUGGUGGGUAUCUUAGACAAGUAUACUUGGUUAAUUUUGAAUAAAGUAUCCAAUUACUGUAUUUAAUGUUACCUUUUCCCCCGCGCCCUAAAAGCUUAAUGUCAGGCAUGUCUUACUCACACACAGCGCUAAAAAUAGUUACCAAAUAACUAUUCACAUGUAGCUGUGGCUUACUGCACUUAACUUACACUACCUAACACCUUUCCAAGAGUGCUACACUUGGGGAUGGAAUAAAUUGCCAUUACUAUUUCUACACUGUAGAAAGAUGAGUGAGCAGAGUGUCAAUACAAGCUAUUGAUGUACAUACAGGGACAGGAAAUAUAGACUGUAGACACCACAGGGCUCCCGUACUGAACCGAUCGUGGUGCUAUUUGAGGAAUUGAUAGAGAAAGUGGUUUUUCAGUCUGAUAGAUUAGAGGAUUGUGUGAUAACACCGUCUGUUGAUAUUAUUUGUUUUGUUUAACUCAUUUAUCCAGGUAGUCCGGUUGCAAAUAGCCAAUAAUAAAGAUUUAGAGCUGCAUUGUCGCUAGUAGAAACAACAUCAGCAGUGUGCAAAUUAGGAAUGGCCAAUGUGUUAAUAUCUUAAUUAUUUAUAAUGUUUUAUGUUUGUUUAAAAUGAGAUGUUAAUAUUCAGUGUAUUUUUAAAUUGGAUAAUUUCUAUAUCACCUAAAAAUGGGGGAACUUUACAUUUGUAAAAAUGGUAUACAAUUGUUGCAGGUGGAGACGUUUCAAAAGAAGUUCCUACACUUCCCAUAAUGCAACUUGAUAGCAGCUUUUAUUAUACAGAAGUAAUUGAACUGUUUUGAUGGAAAAUCCGUCGAGUGCCCCUUUAAUUACAAACACAAAUUGUCAAGAAACACAAACUUAAACAAUCUGCCAUAAUACAAAUCCAAAAAGUAUCAUUGUAACCCAAAUACCAUGCUGCAGUGAUGAUGUAAUUCUGUAGUCCAACCCUAAAGUUAGCACCGCCCUGAUUCCCGUGACAAAAGCUAAUUGGUUGUUUCCAUUAGAUUCUGUACCAUUGCAUAACAUAAUCUCUAAAGUGUAUGAUACUUACUCAUAAUCUUUACAUAAACACUACUUUUAUAUUUUUGGCGUAAUAAGAUAACAUUAGGCUAUGAAGGAACUACAGCAUUGUCACUUGACUAAGCCACCACCUAAGCUAAAGGUGGCUAAUGUUCAGCGUGAUGAUGUUUAGUAGUCUUAUUAGGACACUUGGAAGCUUACAAAAAAACAGUGGGGGGUGUCGUUAUGUUUUUAUGUUGAGGUUAGAAAGUUUAAUCUCUUACAUUUGUGUUAAGAAAGUGAAGUUUAAUAAAUUCUGAGUUUCAGGACUCGUUUCUGCAGCAUCUAUUCAAAAUCAAUGCUAAUCAUAGGACAGAUGCAUGAUGGGGGAUUUUGUUGAUGGCUGCUGCUGAUUGGCGGGUAUGUUGUAUCCAUACACACAUAUGGUUGUAUCAUUGGAAAGCCGAUACAAAAUGCUGUAUUGAAAACCAAACAGUUACAUGAGAAACUGUGACUGUUUGGGACAUUUUCAUGAAGGACAUGAAGUCAUGCUAUUUGUUGUGAGGUGAUGUGUAACUUAGUUCAAUGUCAAACUCAUGUCCUGUGUUGCGUUGCAAUAGAGAAAUUAUUACUUUUUCCCCCUCAAAAGUAGAUCAAAAGAAGACUGCAUUUGGCAUUCAUGCAAUUCUAUAAACGUUCAAAAUGACUUGAAAUCCAUUAUUGUCAUUUUUCUUCAAUGGGAGCUAAAUUAUAAUGAAUUGAGUACAAGAACAUUUCACUUUUAUCACACGUUAAGCAAUUAAAUAUUAUAAUAAUAUAUCCCCUGCCAGUCUAACCCCUCCUUAGGCCAGGACCAUGUUGUGAGAGGUAUUUUGUGUAAUGCUGUGCACAUACUGUUGUAGACACUUGAAGGAAACUAUCUGUGGAAUUAAGGAAAUGUUCAUUAAUAUAUUAAAUAUUUCAGUCGUC